CCUCUAGGCUCUAACUUAGAGUUUUCUCUCUUCUCUCUUCCUCCUCAAAUUAUUCUCUCUGCUCCUUCAUUCAUCACCUCCAUCAGUGCAUGCACCAAUGGCUUGCUUAAACGUUUGCAAAAAGGGUGGGGUGGAUGAGAAGGUCAAAAAUGGGCGAGAGGUUUGCACACUUGAUGGAACUCUUGAUUGGCAUGGCCGCCCUGCAAUCCGACGGAAAACUGGUUCUUGGGUAGCCGCAACUUUGAUCCUAGUGAAUCAAGGGCUAGCUACGUUGGCAUUCUUCGGAGUGGGAGUGAACUUGGUAUUGUUUUUGACGAGGGUUGUGGGUCAAGACAACGCUGAGGCAGCCAACAACGUUAGCAAAUGGACAGGAACUGUUUACCUUUUCUCCCUCGUCGGUGCCUUCCUCAGUGAGACUUAUUUGGGAAGAUACAAGACUUGUGCUGUCUUCCAAGCAAUCUUUGUCCUUGGUCUGGUAUCACUCUCCCUAUGUUCAUACAUAUUCUUAAUCAAGCCUAGUGGGUGUGGCAGUGAUCAGGUUCAUUGUGGAUCCCAUUCAGGCUUUCAUCUUGCACUGUUCUACCUCUCAAUAUACCUUGUUGCCUUGGGAAAUGGAGGGUACCAACCAAACAUAGCUACAUUUGGAGCAGAUCAGUUUGAUGAAGAGGAUCCUACAGAAGGGUACUCUAAAAUAGCAUUCUUCAGCUACUUUUACUUGGCUUUGAACCUGGGAUCUCUCUUUUCAAACACUAUUUUGGGCUAUUUUGAGGAUGAAGGGAAGUGGGCAAUAGGGUUUUGGGCAUCAACUGCCUCUGCUGCUCUGGCAUUGGUCUUGUUUCUUUGUGGCACCAAAAGGUACAGGCAUUUCAAGCCUCAAGGCAAUCCACUGUCUAGGUUUUGCCAAGUGCUGGUUGCUGCAUCAAGAAAAUGGAAGGCUGAGAUGACACCAAGUGGAGAAGAUUUGUUUGAGUUUGAAGGAAAGGAUUGUGGCAAGAAUGGGGACAGAAAGAUACUCCACACUCAGGGCUUCAAAUUCUUGGAUAGAGCAGCAGUUGUCACUUCAGAGGACUUCAACCAGAUGGACAGGGAGACUUAUAAUCCUUGGCUUCUUUGCACUGUCACACAAGUUGAAGAAGUCAAAUGCGUUUUAAGGCUUCUUCCAAUCUGGCUCUGCACAAUUCUCUAUUCAGUAGUUUUCACUCAAAUGGCUUCUCUCUUUGUGGAACAAGGUGCUGCCAUGAAAACCACCAUUGCCAACUUCCACAUUCCCCCUGCAAGCAUGUCCAGCUUUGACAUCCUCAGUGUAGCAGCUUUCAUUUUCAUUUACAGACGGGUUAUUGACCCUCUUGUUGCCAUGAGAAAGAACUCGGCUAAAGGAUUCACAGAGCUUCAGAGGAUGGGAGUUGGCCUUGUUAUAGCAAUAUUGGCAAUGAUUGCAGCCGGGACUGUAGAGUCUUUCAGAUUACGCCAUGCAACAAUGGAGUGCACCAACUGUGAAGGUUCAAGUUCAUUGAGCAUAUUUUGGCAAAUUCCCCAGUAUGUGCUUAUUGGAGCAUCUGAGGUUUUCAUGUACGUUGGUCAGCUAGAAUUCUUCAAUGGGCAGGCUCCCGAUGGGCUAAAGAGCUUUGGAAGUGCACUUUGCAUGACAUCCAUAUCACUAGGAAACUAUGUGAGCAGUUUGCUGGUGACAAUUGUGAUGAAAAUCUCUACUAGAUCAGAUGAUCUGCCAGGUUGGAUUCCCAGCAACCUUAACAAAGGUCAUCUAGACAGGUUCUUCUUCCUCUUAGCAGCUUUGACAGCAGCUGAUCUCAUGGUCUACAUCUUAUGUGCGAGGUGGUAUAAGUACAUCAAGUUUGAAGGAAAGCAGCACAAUGAGCUCAUAGUAUGAGCUGUGGUGAUGAGAAAUGCUAUUUCUCCGUCCUGUCUCCUAUUCAUCUCCAUUCAUGUUCUUUUUUUUCAAAUUUAUCACCGUGUCUGAGAACGGUCCUACAGAUUCGAUGACGAAUAUGAAAAAGGAAUAUAUGAAUGAGAGAUGAAGGAAUAACAAGUCUCCGUGUCAAUUGGAUAUCAUGUGUAAUAUAUAUUUCCAAAGAGUAAUUGGACGAGGGAGAGGGAGAUUUGUGCGAUGAAACUAGAGAAAUGCCUAGAUUUUUCAUUUCUGUAAGUUGAGCACAGGAUGUUCUUAGUACGUAGUAGAGGGAUUGCUAUAUGCAAAUUCUCAUGCAAACUUUUUAUGUAACCUAUUAACUUCCUAUGUGUAAUAAAAAGAUGCAUUGCAAUA